AUGGUCUGUGCUACUCGCGUUGAGCCGCUGCAUUUGACCUACUGGGAGCAAGGAAAAAUUUUGCAGGAACUCCCGAGUUUGAACGAUAUUCGGGUACCCCUCUCUGUUUGUAGAUUUUUGAGAAAUAAAUUUCUUGAGGGAGUCGUGGAAACUUCGAUAAAACAGCUGAGAAACGACCAUCGCCGCUAUCUCAACCCAACUCCCUAUAAGGUUACUUUUCAAACAAAUUAACCUUUACCGAGAAGUUUCUUAAGGUAUCCGUUUCUGAGGCCCUUUACAACUUCCUCCACGAACUUUGGCUUAAAAGUGCUCCGAUCGGAGUUCUUCACUAG